AUGUUUGUGAAGACACAAUAUGUACUAUGGUCUGCAGAUCCCACUGAAACCACCGAUAUAGCCCACUGGUGCCAAGCAGACCUCAUCAUGCGCGACUAUGAGGUGUACACGAGCGCAGCAGUCUCGAUCAUCGUUCUCUAUAGCAUCGCCUCUAUCGCACGUCAAUACGCACGGCUGAAGCACAUCAGGGGCCCCUCAAGCGCAGUAUUUACCAAAUGGUGGCUUGUGCGCGCCCUACGUAGUGGCAGGGUGCAUCUUGAAUUCUACGAGGCCUACCAGAAAUAUGGUAAGUUUGGGACCCAUGCCGCUUCUGAAGGACAGCAAACGUCCAACAUUGCAGGAUCUCUUGUACGUGUCGGGCCGAGGGAUCUGAUCACGAGCGACCCAGACCUCAUGAAGCAUAUGCUCGGCGUGCGUACCAAAUACAGGCGGUCGGAUUGGUACGAUGCCAUGAGGCUCGAUCCCGGCAGGGAUAAUGUAUUGUCCAUGAGGGACGAGGCGUUACACGCCCAGCUUCGAUCCCGGAUGGCUGCUGGAUGCUCCGGCAAAGAAGUUGAGAACCUCGAAGGAAAAGUGGACGAGAACAUUCUUCGUCUUAUCGAUCUAGUCGAUCGCUAUGUUUCCGAGAACAAGGCUUUCGACUUCGGUCUGAAAGCGCAAUAUUUCACCCUCGACGUCAUCUCGGACCUUACUUUUGGUGAGCCGUUUGGCGAUGUGGCUUCCGACUCGGACGUCCAUGAGUACAUCCGCACAUCGGAGCAGAACAUGCCAAACGUCGUGCUGGCAGCAGUCCUGCCUUGGCUCCUGGCCCUGCUCUCUUCGCCCUUGCUUCGGUGUCUAUUACCUUCUGACAAGGAUGCCAUAGGGUUCGGAAAGACGAUCGGUCUAGCUGGAUCCGAUACAACGGCGACCGCCAUUCGCGCGAUGCUCCUUCACAUCAUCACGAGCCCCCGAGUAUCCACCGCUCUUCGUGAGGAGAUCGAGUUGGCUAAGCCGUCGUGGCCCGUGAUCACAGAAGCAGAAGCGCGUAGCAUGCCGUACCUGCAAGCUGUGAUCAAGGAAGGGCUUCGGAUCUUCCCACCUCUCGUGGGCCAGAUGUCUAAGGAAGUCCCCAAAGGCGGAGACACGUUCAAGGGGUCCCACUUGCCGGAGGGAACCCGGAUCGGAUACGGCGCAUGGGCCAUCUUCCAUCGUACCGAUCUGUGGGGGCCAGAUACGCACGAGUUCCGGCCAGAGCGGUAG